AUGAGCCUUUCCUUGUUGACUCCAAGACUUGUGUCAAAGGCCACUUUGGUCCGUGUUCUUGUCAUCAGACAAGCCUCGUCAGGAUUGACCGUCAGAGUAAGCGUUUUUCUUGGUUUUUUUUUUUGAAGAGAAGGGAUUUCAGAGCUGAAGAGAAGAUUGAAGAGCUAAACUGUGUUUUUCUGAUAAGAGAAAAUCAAAUUUGCAAAAAUAAAAACGAAAUUUCACUGAAAGUUCGCGUUUCUUAGAAACAAAACGUGUUCUUGGAAUUUUUCAUUUAUCAUUUCAGAAAAUGCUUAAUUUGUAAAGAAAUAACGCAACUUCGAACAAAAACUUGAGAUAAAUUCGUAAAAUUUGGAAAUUUAUGAGUCACAAAAUUUUCCACAGCAUAAUUCACGUUUAUAUUUAGGCUAUGUUAUUUUUGACAAGCGCCAUUGGAUGAAAAACUUAAUUCAUUGAAAGACUUGGGGGAUUUGUGCGAAAAACUAGAAAAAUCCUUGAUUUUCCCCUCAAAACUCUUCACUUCCAGGCCGAUCAAUCGCUCAAGCUCGCCGAGCCAGGAUAUUUCAAAUACGCCCGCGAUAUUUCCCGCGACGGUCGUUACGCCAAUCCAGCCAAACUCGGAGACACCCCAGGACGAUUCUUGGUGCGCAAACUCGGUCAUGCUUAUGAAGUCUAUCCACUUCUCAUUCUUAUGGGAAUCUGGUGCUUCCUUUUCGCCUACAUUGUCUAUUAUUCGUUCGAAAAGAAUGAAGUUUGGCUUGAUAGAAGUGAGUGAACAUUUUAAUGAAGAAUUUUUGAAACAUCAGUUUCCUUAUGCGAAAUAUUCGAAAUGUUGCAGGUUAUCUAGGUUGUAGCCCAAAGUUCUCAGAAAAAAACCUUUUUUUCAUAAGAAUUUUCUUCCCUAUAAAUCCAGAGAUGAAUGAAACAUGCUUUUCUAGUAAAUAUUAUCGAUUUUUAGGCCACACUGUUGCUCCAUGGGACUGGGAGAGAAUCCGCAACAACUACUGGAAGAAACCAACAUUGACGUAAGUUUUCAGCUCAAAAAAUCGAUUAUUAGGUAGAAUUCAAAAUUUGUCACUCCUGAUGUUCUUAUUCGAAUUUCAAAAUUUUUUUCGCAAAUAAUUUUUUAGUGCCGAAUUUUUCACAACAUCGCAACCUUCUUCCAAAAUAGAUUUUUUUCGGUGUCCAGAAUCUCUGAAAUUUUAAUUAUCAGUCUGGAAUUCCAGAAUUAUAGUAAUAUUAUGAAUUAAGUUUCUGAUCGAUUUCAGAAGAAGUUUGAAAGUUUACCCAACAAUUUUAGAUUUUUCUGGAAGUUUGAAUUUUCAAAAUGUUUCAAAUAUGACCGUGGCAUUUUUAGUAUUUAAAUACUGAAGUUUUAUUUUUGAUCAGAGAAUUGUGAACAAAUCCUAUAUUUUUCGAGAAAAAGCUUCGGAAAUAGUUAGAAACUUCGAAUUUCGGACAAAUUUUGAAGAGCCCCAAUUUUCCAUUUCAUUAAUGUAUUAUUUUCCUUUAAAGCUUUACAUGAAAAGUUUAAUUUUGAGAUACACUUGUGAAAUUAUGAAAAAUCCGUUUUCCUUCAAAAACCAAUGUUUUUUUCCAGCUUCGACCCAACUGGCGUCACUCACCAAAGAUUGGAAAUCAUGGAAACCCUUCAAGACGAAAUGGUCGCCGCCGCCAAAUCCCGAGGAACCAGAUAA